AUGACCAAAAACUACAACAUAUUCGAACAACCUCAGCGAGCUGAUUCCAGGCGCGGGGCAAGAUUAGACGACUACUUACCAGCCCGAGGCCGGAACGAUUACAAUACAACCGAUGAAUCGGGGUCACUUAAAAGUGACCACUUUCCGCCAAAGAAUGCUAUUCCGCCAGCUUCCCAGAGCCCGUUGGACCAGAUAGCAACCACUUCCGCAGCUAGAUUCGAGGACUAUAUCAAGCACGCAAUGAAAACGUACGCUGAAGAUCUAAAAUCCAAGCUUUCGGAAGUCGAGGUGAAGGAAUGCAGCUCUCCCGAAGAUGGUUUCGACGGUAGACCUGCUGGUCGAACUACUGCUUUGAACAACAACGCCUUACCUCCGAGAAGACUGAAUCCGUCGGUUAUUUUAACCCCGGAAUCUGCAGUCAAUUCGGACGACGAAGAUGGAUACGACGAUGAAGAUUGGAAGCGAUAUGAGAAGGAAAUAACCGACUCCGCAAACAACUUGAAUCGAAAUGUGACUGAAAAGAUCGAGAAGGAGAGAAAGGAAUACCUAGCCGCCGCUAAAAGGCAUUAUCUAAAGGCAAAAGUCGAAUCUCCUGAGGAUGCGAAGCGGGAGGGGGAGAAAGGGAUUCUAAUCUUCAAGAACUUGAUGGGAUGGGUUAACACCGUUUUCGACAAGGUUAUUACACUCUUCCGUCAAUUUUUUCGAGCGUUCUUCAACAACUUUGAGACCGCUAUGUCCUGGGUUACAGAACAGCUCGCAAAAAUAAGCUACAAGCACAGAAUUGCGCUUGAACAUUAUAAAGUUAAUUAA